UAAAAACUGUCCACUCUUUAAGUUAAUAUGCAGAAGUGGCAAUUAUUAUAAUUACAGUAUGAAUGCAGAGAAGAACAUAUUAGUUUUUGCCAAUAUUUUGUAUGUACCGAAGACAUGGACGUUGUAAAGAAGCCAUACUACAAUCUUACCAGAUACAUUAUAAUUUUAAGUGGUUUAAGUCUACGUCAUCCAAAGUGGUUAAAUUUCUUGUUAAAGAUAUUUAAUUUUUUUACUAUAUUUUCUUUCAUAGGUUUUCAGAUUGCAGGAUUUAUAAAAGUAUUGGAUAAUAUUGACAUGGCAUUGCAGUGCGUUACACCAAUAUGUUUUUCUUUAAUGUCUGCCAUUCUUUACACAAAUAACAAUCUAAAAGUGAAACAAAUAAACGCUGUUUUUGGAAAAAUGCAAACUGACUGGGACACAUUAAUAAAAGAAAAUGAAAUGAUUAUUUUACACAAAUAUGGUAGAAAGUGCAGAACUUUCACUACCAUAUACAUUUUUGCUUUUUUUGCAAAUUGCUUUUUCUACUCUUUAUCACUUGGCAUUCCUAUCUUACUUAUAAUUAUGAGAAAUGAUGGUACACCUAAGCCGCUUAUGUUUUUCAUUGAGUGUGGCAUAAAUUUACAAAAAAACUAUGCUCUCGUGAUAAUUUAUAGUUAUAUAGCUGGUUACGUUUGUAGUUACACAAUUGCAAAUGGAGGUACAAUUCUUAUAACGUUUCUUGAGCAUGCUUGUGGAAUAUUUGAAAUUUUAGGACAUAAAUUGAGUACUGCCAUAAAAGAAUAUCCUGACUCUAUUAAUAAAGUUAGUAAUCGAAAGAAACUCCAUCAAGAAAUUAAACUUUGUGUGGCAUUGCACAGAAAACUUCUAUUAUUUAUCAAUGAUAUUCAGACUGUUUAUUCAACUCCCUUUCUUUUUUUCUUUGGGUUCAGUGCAAUUUUGUUAAGCGUUACGGGAAUUCAAUGUGUGAUGAGUUUAAAGCAUUCUGGGGAUACAAUAAGGUUUGGCUUUUACGUAAUGUUCCAAGUGUGUAAUAUUUUUUGUUUAACUCUACCAACUCAACAUUUACUGGAUAACAGCCUUAGUCUUUCAAGCUCCAUAUACAAUGCAGAUUGGUACCAUCUGACAACUGAAACAAAACAAUUGUUAAUCGUAAUAAUGAGAAAAGGAUCGGAACCAACUACAUUUGUUGUUGGCAAAAUAUUCACACUUUCAUUACAGUUUUUUACAAAGGUUCUCCAAACAUCAAUGUCAUAUUUCACUGUAUUGAUGUCUGUACGAGAGUAAAAAUAAACUUCAACUGUUGUUAUAAGAUACUACUCUGAAAGUUUUUUUUAUAUUUUUAAUAAUAUAGACAAACUGUUUAGAGCAGCACACAAAGUGAAAGUUAUUUAAUUACGUUAUUAUUGAUGAUGUUAUUUUUUAGCUUCAAUUUGUUAUUAAUUAUUUUGUGUAUUGGUUGUAAAAAAGUUUUAUAUCAACAUACAAUUGUUUAUUUAUUUUUCAAAAUAAAUAAAAUAAUUUCGUAGCCUUAAUCUGAAACUAUUUUAAAAUCGAUAAACAGAGUAAUUAAAUUGUUUUGAAGUAUUUCAUUGUUAAAAAAUUGUAGUAAAUAAUUAAAAGAAAAU